CAGGCGGGGUACGGGGCUGCGCGGCGCCUCGGCGGCCCCCACGAGGGGACCGUGCUGCCGGGCGCUGGCGGCUGGCGGCACCGCGGCCGGUGCUGCCUGGGGCGAUGCGCGGCCGCCGGCCGGGGGAUGCUGGGGGCUCUCGGGCGGGAGUUUGGCCGCAAAGGGGUUGCGAGGGCCACGCUGCGGCAGCCGCUGGCCUGGCGGGGAGGGAGGUGCGAUGGGCCGGGGCGGCAGGCGCAGCCUGUUGCCUCCCCAGCUGCUCCCACCCGCCCAUCGCGCUGCAGGCGAGACCCCCGUGGCACCCGUCUCUGCCCAGACCUGGUCAUUUAUUGCUUCGUGGGUUUUUUCUGGUAAACAGGUCAUGAAACGGCACUGUGUGCCAGCUUGACUUGCCUGGGACUCAGAGACAGACCACAUCCAGCUUCCCCGUGUAGCUUCCAGGCAUCUGGAGAAAUCCUAGUAAUGUUUGCUUGUUGCACCUUACCUGGAGAUCGCUGCAUGCACAGUUCUAUCUAAAAACCUGGGAUUUUUCCUCAAAUUGUUUACAUCUGCUGCAUUCUUACUUAAACCUUUUCCCCGCUCCAAAGGAAAGACAGGUUGCUUUUUUCGCUUAGGUGUGAUUAGGCUAAAUAAAUAUUUCCCCAUGUGCCAGAAUCAUCAGAUAUAUGCAUAUAAAUAAAAAUAUUCUAGUUGCAAGACCAUUAACAGCAACCCAAUCAGAGUUUACUCCACAGGGGGUGUUUGCCUCCAGGUCCCGUUUCUUUGGACCACUCCCCAAAAGCUUCACCUAAAUUAUCUUUUAGCUAUAGAUUUUAGAGUAGUGUAACACUCAUCAGUUGUUCUGGUCGGGUGUGUUUGCCACUGGUCGGUUGCAGUUGGGGAAUUCCUGGCUGUCUUCACUUUCAGUUUGCACUGUCUUUUGUUCAGCUGGUCCCUAAGGCGCAGGAGGGCUGUGUGCCUCGGGAGAACAUGGGGGUGGCAAGCAAAGAAAUCAACACCGUGGAUGUUGUCCCCCAGUUCCUCAGUUUUGUGACACCCCCCCUUGUUUUUGGUGCUGCCGCUCUGUUUCUGGGCUUUCAGGUAAGGAGCAUGUGAUUGUCCCAUUAUGCAAGAUGUUGGUAGAUUUGCAACAGGGAGCUUCACCUUUCAUUUUUGUUUUCCCUGGCUGGGAGUGGUGUGAAAACCAAGUUGGGCAGGGGAGGUCUAUUUUUGCGAUGUGUUUUAAUGAUGUUUCUGCAUUUGAAGGGUUAGGGCAAGGCCUAAAAGUUUUCUGGCUCUUCUUGGGAGUUUUUUGUGCUUGCUUUUGAGCUCAGAGGCAUUUUACUGUAGGUUGCUGCCCGUUAUUUCUGAUGGUCUUAUUUAGCAGACCUGUAGCCGCUGUGCUGUGCACUAUUGCCUGAGCAUUCAUCCAACUUUUCAGUGUUAUUUUGUUCUUGAAUAUGAGUCCUUAAUUCACGUGAGUCUACUCUUUGCCUGAAUGGCUUUCAGUCUUCAUUAGCGUUAAGGUCGGAGUUAUUUAUAUGUGAACGACUUCACUCUUGGUCAUCAGGGGAAUAAAGUCAGGGGAUUUCUGGUUUUGGCUGGAGGAAAGUAAAGUGAAAGUUCCUAAAAGUUGACCCAUUAGCCUACUGGGACAUGAAGUUUGUUUUGCAGGAAGCCCUGUUAUUUUGGCUUUUGCUUAAAUUUGAGAUGUUUGAACAUUUUCCUUUAAGCUUUGCAGUUAAUUGAAACAUUGUUUCUUUUAUUUUAAUGCAUGUGUUACUGUUAACAUUCUUUAUUUAUAUAAUUGAUAAGACAAGGUGUUACAUAACAUUCCUGCUAUUUAUACAUUUUAUAAAAUGUUAUAUUUUAUAUAACAUUUAUAUUAUAAAUAUAUACGUAUAUAUAAAAAAUACUAAAACAUUUGGAAUGAAAACUUGCAGACUCCUUUCCAAGAAGGUUCAGAAUUUCAGGUUUUUGCAUCAUUUUUAGCCUGAGGAGAAAGCACCUGGUUAAGCCCAAAUUUCUUGGCAUUUCACCAGGAACUUUUUUGUUGUUCUUGUUAGAAUAUUGAAUGACAGGCAUUAAGAGAAUUUUUGCAAACUGGGGCUUUUGCAACCCAUGUUUUGAUGGAUCCUAAAGCUGCCUCACUUUUUAUGUAAUGCAUCCUGAAAGCUUGAUCUGGAAUAGGAACCCUGGAUAAAGUAUUUCUUCUAGGGAUACUGUAGUACAACAGUGUAUGCUGAAACUGCAUAAUAACCACCCUUGACAUGGUUUUGAUCUGAAGAGUGAGAGGUUCGUUAAAGAGCAUACAGUAUCACCAGCUGUGCUCUUAUCGGUUAUCUGCUUGGCUUUCAGAGCACAGGAACAGAAGAGGCUGAUGAGGUCCCUUCCACCCAUCUGCAGCACUCCUAUCACAUCCCUUUGCUGAAUUUGCCUCAGUCUCAAAACGUGCAAGGUUGUUUGAAGAGGCAGUAUGGAGAGGGCAGAGAGUGGUGCUGGAUUAUGGGGUAAAGGGGUAUCCUCUUACACAUGAGAAGGACAAAUGUCUUGAGGAAUUUUACCUUCAGUGCUCCAACCUUUGUUUUGUCUUCAGCUUCUAGGUGCAUUCCAUGCCCAGCAGCGAUGUGGGGAGGUGAUGUUCUUUCCAUGCAACGUUCCCCAGGGAGGGGCAUGGCUGUGCUGUGAGGUCACCCCACCACGAGCAUAACUUUCUGAUGAAUUAGGAGUUGUCCCUGCUCAGAUGGGAAAGUCUUGACUCUUUCCAUCAGAGCAUCCUUCUGUCUUCCACUUCUGUUUUGAAUUCUUCCCUUGGCUCCAUAGGUGUCUCCCGCUUUCCUCUUUGGCCAGGUCAAGAAGGCAGUAAAAAUAAAAAACCUGAAGGCCUGUGGCUUAUUUUACUGUAGAUUUGAAUGGUUGGUGUGGAGGAGAGCAUGUCUGAUAGGUGAGGGUUGAACAUUAGGUGGGCCCUCCAGCAUGACUCCCCUGUCUUUCCUCCCUGGUUGUGGCUGGACAGGAAAUGUGUUCAAAAAAUGACAGCUACUAGGGAAUGCUGCUGUGAGCACCAGCCUCAUUAGCAAAUUAAAUUAUUCUACCCAACAGGAUGCUUCUACUCAACGGUGUUGCUGGUUUUUUGCUGGACUAGGUUGGCCGCUGUCCCGUCCCCACCCCACAUAAACUCAGCUGUUACAGUAGCUGGGGGAAUUUUUCCCACACCACACACAGGAGUCUGAGACCUACUGCCUGACUUGAGCAAGCUGCUGCAUCAAUGUCCAUGGAGGGGCUAAGAGGAGCAGGCUGGCAUAGAAGACUAGUUCAAGUCGGGCAGUGACAGCAGGAAAGCUGUGAUUCCCUUGAAGUGAUCCUGUAAAGCUUGCCUUCACUUGCAUCUUAGGGUAUAAGUCUCAAUCCUGCAUUUUCAUCGCAUCAGUAGUGAAUCCUCAAAUGCCCAAACUUUGUGGUCACUGCUGGUUUGAGUUGAGGUUGCUAGAGGUGAAAAGCUCCACAUCUCUGCCUUUGAUUCCAGAGUCAGCUUCUAGAUCUGUGACCCUUUCAUAGCUGCGUUCUGCUCUGUUGUUAUCAUCCCUAGGCUUCUGCACUGAGUGAGGCAACUGUGUAUUGACAUGCACCAUGCGUUGGGGUGUCACUAUGUGCUGAAAUACUGCCAUUAGCAGAUCAGUUCUUCAUUGAGGUAUGGAGCAGAAGCCACAUUUGCACUUGACAGCUGAAAGGAGGUGGACCGCACAACAAUGCAGCCCCCACUUCAGAAUGAUGAUCUAGACCUGGAAGCAGCUGUAGCAAGUGCCUGCCCCCAGCUAGUGGAGUUCCUCAGUCACCAUCCUAACUGGCUGCUCACGACCUCCCGGCGCUUCCUCCCAGAGGUGGCCCUGAGUGGCCUGGAUGGCAUCACUGACCACAAAGAAAAGGUCUCGGUGCUCCUUGACCUGCUGGAGAAGGCUGGCCCUGCCACCUGGAAACAGUUUGCACAGCACCUCUGCAUGGAUUGUGACCUCCCCCUGGAUCUGGAGAUCCUGCUCCUAAGUUUUGCGGGAGAAGGUAACUUAAGCCAGGAGCAAGAAGCAUGCAGAGAUGUGAGUGCCUGCUCAUCUGUGCCAAAAGGCUUUGCUCGAUGUCGCCAUGACCGCGGCUCUGUGAGUGAUAAGGAUGUUAAACGGCAGCGACUAGAUUCACCUGAAAAAUACCGGCACCUCCUCAUCAAAUCUAUCUGCCAGAGAUAUGGAAGCAGGAGACCAGCAGCAGCGCAGGAACAAACACAGCCACUAGCUUUCAACCAAGCCUUUGUCAACCUUAUAAUUCAGCAGAGCAAAGCCUUCCGCUUAAAAGAGAAAACAGAUAAAUCCCGAGAGGAUGUGGCAGGUGCCCCUGAACCUGAAGAGCAUGUGGAUACAGCCAUGAAAAUGUCCGAUCUGUUUUGUAAUGUGGUCCCAUCGGGCACAACGAAGGUAAUCUUUUUGUUUGGUAAACCAGGUACAGGCAAGACCAUGCUGAUGCACAGGAUUUGUCAGAAAUGGGCAGAAGGUGCCCUACCUCAGUUUCUCUUCGCUUUCCUGUUUGAGUUUCGGCAGCUGAAUUUAUUAAAAACAAAAUUCACUUUGAAGGAGUUUUUGUUUGACCUGUUCCUUCAGCCAGAAGACAGUCCUGAUGCAGUGUUCCAGUACCUCCUGGAAAAUGCCUGGCGUACGCUAAUCAUCUUUGAUGGGCUGGAUGAGUUUGCAGCUAACAUGGAUGUGUCAUCCUCUUCCAGGGGAGGCCCAGCUCUUACCUCCCGUAUGUCCAUAUCUGAGCUCUUUGCAGACCUCUGUCGUGGCAAGCUCCUGCCUGGUUGCACGGUGUUGGUUACUAGCCGACCUAAGAGACUGCCCAACUUCCUAUUAAACACAGUAGGUCUGCUAGCAGAAGUUCGGGGAUUUGACCAUGAGAAGGUUGAGGAAUACGUCGGCCACUAUUUUCGUCAGCAUUCAUUCAAAGAACAAGCCAUUGCUCACCUGAAAAACAACACCAAGCUCCUGAGCAUGUGCCUCAUCCCUGCUCUGUGUAACGUUGUGUGCAUCUGUUUGGAGUAUUUGCUCCUUAAACACCAGACGAGUGUGGAGCUUCCUCAGACUAUGACACAGUUUUAUAUCAAAAUGCUGCUCAUCUUCAUAAACAAACAGCAGGGAGAGUGUGCAGGUGGUGAGGAGACUCAGCUGAACUGUAACAAGGAGGCCAUUUUGGGCCUGUGUGAUCUUGCACUGAAAGGCCUGGAAGAUAAGAAGCUUGUGUUUUAUGUUGAUGAUAUUCCAGAGCACGUGAAGGAAUUUGCUUCCUUACAUGGGCUGCUGACUGUCUUCGAGGUGAAGACAAGUGGCACUUGCCCAGAGGUGGGCUAUGCCUUUGUGCACUUGAGCUUGCAGGAGUUUUUUGCAGCACUGUGUCUCAUGGUGAGUAAAAGGGUGGACAAGAACUACCUGAAGAAGAAGUUCUCUUUGAAGUCAAAGUGGAAUUUAAAGAAUGAGGCAAAGACCGAAUUCAUGGAGAGUUUUCACAUCUUCCUCUCAGGCUUGUCAUCAAAAGAAUGUAGGACAUUUCUCAUGCUGCUAGCUGAGCAAGAUGAAGCUUGGGUGCAGGAUAAGCAGGACACGAUCCUGCAGUCUCUCAAGAAACUGGCAGCCACUCGUCUGACGGGGCCCAAGGUCAUUGAGCUCUGCCACUGCACGUUUGAAACACAAGACCUCAAAGUAGCCCAGCACAUUGGGAGCAUGCUGAGUGUCAAGUACAGGUUUAAAAACUUCAGACUGACACCUCUGGAUGUGGCGGCUUUGGUUUUUGUCAUAAACUUGGGCCCGGAUUUGAGUGAGUUGGAUUUUGCAGGAUGUCUUGUGGAUGUUGACUGUUUGGAGCUGCUGGCUGGCUGUAAAAACAUAGAGCACUUGAGCUUUCAUAGUAGGAGAUGCGGCAAUGACUUUGCUGCUGCUCUUUCAAAGAGCUUACGAGGAAUGGAGAGCCUGAAGAAACUAGAGUUGACAGGUGGGAGUAUCACAGCUGAGGGGAUGACUGACUUGAUCCAGGCUUCAUCACAGUGCCUCCAGCUUGAGGAAAUAAACUUGCAGGACAAUUGGAUACGGGAUCCAGAGGUGAAGAGGGUGAUGGACCUGUUUUCCAGAAUGGAAAAACUGAAGAAAAUAGAUCUGAGCAACAAUGAUCUUUCCUUGAACGCUGUUGUUGUUUUGGCAAAGGAAGUCAUCGCAUGUCAAAACGCUACUGAACUGCAUGUCAGGAGGAACACCGUGAUUUUAUAUUUUUCUGGCCCAUCUGGGAAAGUUCCACGAUCUUUGGAUUUGAAAUGGGAAGAGAAUAAGGAACAUAUAAUUCCAACUAGAUGUGUGAAGUUAUGCUUGCAGGAUUGCAGCCUGUCUUCCCAACAUGUGAAGGAGAUCGUUGCCAUUCUCCAGAGCUGCCCCUGUCUCUCUGAAGUGGAUUUAUCAGGUAACAACCUUGGAGAUGAAGGCUGCAGUUACCUGCUGGAAAGCCUCCCCUGGAUAUCAAUUUCAGAGCAGCUGGAUCUCAGUCAAAACCGCCUCUCUGUUAACGGCAUUUGCAGUCUGUUGAAAUCAGUAAAUACCUGCCAGACGAUGAUAGAGGUGCAAGUCAGCCUUUGUCGUGAGAUUGCAGUCCUGAGGUUUUCAGGAGACAGAGAGUUUGCUUCCCAUCCUCCCAGGGAAGAGCCUGUGUUGUCUGCUGAUGGCCAGCGAUAUGGAGAGGAGAACCAGAUGCCUACUACCUCCCCCAAAAUAAGACUGACAGACAGUCAUUUUCAAGCCAGUGACCUGGAGAAGUUGUGUGCAGUCCUGAAAGAAUGUAGCAGCAUCUCUGAGCUGGACCUAUCACGUAAUCAUCUGGGAGAUGAAGGUUUGCAGAUGUUACAGUUCCUCCCAGAUCUGAAAAUGUUAAGUUCUCUCAAGCUUAAUGACAACCAGAUCUCCCUGAACUCUGUGUUUUUCUUAGCACAGUCCUUAUCUACACUGGAACACGUUAAAACAAUGAACUUCAGCUUAGGACACACACAAGUGGUUCAUCUAACCUUUUGGGAAAGAAUCAGGGGCAGAAGUACCAGCAGAUGGAGAAGUAGCUUCCCGGCAUAUCCCAAACAUGACGCAAAAGGACAGUGCUUUUGUCUCAGGGAUUGCAGAGUGAGUCCGGAGGACAUGACCAGGCUGUGCCAGAUACUGGCUCAAUAUCCGCAGCUGACAGAAAUUGAUCUGUGUGGAAAUUCAUUGAGUGACCAGAGCAUUGAGAAAUUACUGAGAUUCCUGCCAUACCUCUGCCAUCUGAAAUUACUGAGUAUUAGGAAUAACAUGUUUUCACCACAUUGCACUGUUUUACUCAUCAACUCCAUCAACCUCUGUGAGCGAAUCACAAUAGUAGAAGUCCGGUCAAGUGAAAAUGCUCUUUUGCAUUUAGGAGCAAGCAUGCAAAGCCGAAAGACAUCCUGCAGGCUGACGGACUGUGCCAUCGGUCAAGGGCAGAUAGAUGAGCUCUGCAGAGUCCUGGAGCAGCGUGGGUGGCUGGCAGAAGUCGAUCUCUCCAGGAAUCAGCUGGGAGAUGAGGGCCUGAGGUGCUUCUUGGACCACUUGCAUCAAGUGCCUGUUACCUGCUCCCUCAAUCUCAGCCAUAAUAGGAUUUCUCAGGAUGGAGUUCUGCAUCUCAUAAAUGCCUUUGCCACAUCUGGAAAUACCAGUGAAGUUCAAGUCAGUUUGUGCUCCAAAGCAACUUUAAUCAUCAAGUUGACAAGCAGAGAUGACCCAAGAAAGAUUUUGAGACUCGCAGAGUGCAACUUUCAGCCAGAGCAUUUGGAAAAGUUGUGCUUGCUUCUGGAAAAGUGCACUGGUCUGACAGAGUACAUAUCCUCAAAUAACAACGUGACAGUCCAAGCUGCAGAAAGGCUUUUGCUUUCACUGAGGAAAAAUCUGCAUCCUCUGAAAAUCAGCAUAGAAGAGCCAUGGGUGUGUGAAGAAAGUGUCAUGAACCUUCUUGAGCUGGCUGUGCAGGCCUGUGGAAACAUUACUGAGAUCACGAUAUGUAAAGAUAAAACCCUCUUCCAGCUAGGCGUAAGGUUCCCACACUGCCCGGAGAAGGUGGAAUCAGUCGUUAGCAGAUUGAAUCUGUACGAGCCAGAAAUCAAGCACGCUUGCUUCUACCGAAGAGUUUGCGAAAAAUGUGCUCAGCUUCAGGAAUUGAGAUGGUCUCAUGUUGAGCUCCACAACGAUGAAGCAGAAAUGCUAGUCAGGAUUUUGCUACCUCUUCCAGAGCUGAAGAGGUUUGGGCUGACCUCUAGCAGCAUUACACCAACUGGAAUUGAUUACUUGAUCAUGGGCUUGCAGAACUGCCAGGCCAUUGAAGAGCUCAACCUGGGCUACAUGAAACUCAGCAGUGCUGCCAUUUCUAAGCUUGCGCUGGGACUUCAUGGAAUGCCAUUUCUGAAAAAGCUUAUCUUGAACCAUAACAGUAUUGGUGAUGAUGGCUGCUCCAGACUCACAGAAGCUUUGAGGAAUAUGCACUACAUGGAGGAAAUCAAUUUAAGCCACAACAAGAUUGGAGAUCCAGGCCUGAUAAAUCUAGCUGCUGUCUUGAUGGAAAAGCAAAACCUGAAGAGAGUCGACCUUUCAGGGAACAGUCCUAGUCCUGCUGGAGGGAAAAAGCUGAUGGAAGCUUUUGCCUAUUGCAAACACAUCGAGGAGUUACUACUAUCAAGGAAUGGUUUUGGAGACGGGACGGUAAUGAAACUUGCCCUCUGUCUGCCUCACAUGACCAACCUGAAGAUUCUGCAUUUGCAGAACAAUAACAUUGGGCCAGCAGGAGGGAUGGAGCUGGCCAGAGCCCUGGUGGCAUGUGGGUUGCUUGAAGAGAUAAGUUUAUCAGAAAAUGACCUUGGGGAAGGAAGCAUCCAUGCCCUGUCCAAGGGGCUGCCAUGCUUUGAACACCUCCGGAGGAUUGAUCUGAAACUCUGUGGAAUCACGGAUGAUGCUUCAAAAUCACUUUCUCACGGCUUCCAACAGUGCCCUUCCGUGGAGGAGAUAAUACUGUCUUGGAACGCCCUUGGAGACGGAGGAGCCCAAGAGCUGGCCAGUGCUCUUCCAGGGAUGGAAAAGCUGAAGAUGUUAGAUCUGGAGAAGAAUCGCAUUGGUGCCUGUGGGGCCACGAAGCUUGCAGAAGAACUUGCCAAGUGCCCAGAAAUUCAGUUCGUAAGGCUGUGGGACAAUCCGGUGCCCAAGGGCCUCGCUGAGAAUUUGACAAGCCAAGACCCAAGACUGUGUUUCUCCUUCUACCAGUAAAGAAGAGCCCUUGCCUGACAAGGAAUUGCUCUCCAUCUCCCACUGCCCUCAAAAUUUGCACUGAAGAACCCAGGAAAUCAAAGUUCCUAUAACUAAAGAACUGUAACUGUUAGGUCUUCCUUCACUGCACUGAACCAAGCGUGAACACUUCCUGAUGUUUUGUUUCUUGUGAGCUUUUAUUGUACAGAAAAGCAAAAGACUGUAAAGAAUUGCUGCUGAGCAGGCAAUGUUCUUGGUGCAAACCCACUGAAACUCACAAGUAGAUGAGAUGCAUCUGCUCAGGCAUUCAGGAAGCCUGCAGAGUAUUUAAUUGUCUUUAAUCAAGAUUAUAACACCUACAGGGUGUUCCAAUAAAAGAAUGUACAUCCUCCGGGAGAGGAUGUAAAAUUAUUUACAAAAUUGUAAAUUGCUGAUGUGGUUACAAAUGCACUCAGACAUGUUGUUUGAAAAUUGUGUAUAACUGCGUGUGAAAUGCCUCUGUGUUUUUUAGGCAAAAAUGGUAAUAUGUGGGGGUUUUGUGCUUCAUAGCAGGCUCCUUUUCAUACAGAAUUGCCUCAGUUUCUCAGUAGAAACUUCAGAACUUUUGAAAUUUCAAAUCAUUGACCAAAAAUGAUCAGUAUUUAUACUGUGAUAACAUGGAAAGGCUGAUAUCACCAUAAAUUCCAGUGAGAAACUUUAAAGUACUGAGGUUGUAAAACAAUUUGCAAGAAAGCUGUGACUAUUCUGUGUGAGAGUAUUUUCUCUACUACUGAGUGUUUUCAUGUGGGGAUUUUGAAGACCUUUGUGGGGUUUUAUUUCCAUCCUGUAUUUUCAGAUACAGUUUGCAGUUGUAAUUCCUCCCAGCACCCAUAAGAGUGUGGCACAAAAGCCAGUGAGACCAUGUGCUGAACGUUAGCUCUUCACAGUUUUCAAACUGAACAUCUUUGUCAGCUGGGCUCUUCUUGGGCCCGGGUCUCCCAGAACUUCUUUUGGAAAUGCAGGAGGUUGGACAGAGUUUGCAUUAGCUAAUGGUCCGUUUCGAUCCAGGCUGUGAGCUGAAAAUUCAUUUUUUCCUGCAUGUUUGGAACACCAUUUUGGUCAGACUGAGUGCUGUCCCCAAGCAGGUUCAUUACCCAGUGUGCAGUGCCAGGUAUUCCAUAUUUUUUUAUUUUAGAGAGCAGGGAGCAAGCCAGUAACCCACAAGUGCCUAGCUCCCCGAUUGCCAAAACGUUACACUAUUUAUACAGCUCAGCGUGCAAAGACAUCAGUCCUCACUGGCUACAGAUCACCCAGCUCCUUCACUACUUGGUACUCUGUUUCCCGUUUGUCAAAUAAUUCUCUGGCUUUUCAUGUUACUGAGUUUGCAUGCUCAGCCUCCAGUUCUUUUGGGUCUGGGGGGUUUCCUGAGUCAGUGGCAGGCGUGUUGGUGGUCGCGAUCUCCCUGGGCCACCGUUGCCUUUCCCCUAGUUUUGCUGAGCUUAUUGCCCAGGAGGUGCUUCCUUUGUGAAGGUCCUUUGCUGAAGGGAAGGCUUUGCUCUGAGUGUAGCAGGGCAUGCAGAGCGCUUGUUGCUUGAAUUAACCACUAACAACUCAUUCCCUCCAACUGUCUCAAAGUCAAACUGCCACCCCCACCUUCAAUUCCACCAGCCGCCCGGUAGCGUGGGUACUGCAUGUGGUAGAUAACAGAGGCUGAGUUUUACUCUGUCUGAAGAAGGAAAGUAUUGGAAUUGGACUUUUUAAUGCAUUUGAAUUUAAUUUAAUGCACUUUUUAAUGAUUGAUGGCUGUUUUGUCAUCUCCGAUGGCAACCACAGCCAAAGCCUCUUGCUGUUACCACAGGCCUGUGUACCGGGGGAAAACCAGAAAAUAUCACUGUCAAACUGAUCUUUGUUCAGCUCCAUCGUAUUGCCUCCGGCUGCCCCCCACUCCGGCUGCCCCCCACUCCUGCAUCUGCAUGUGUUCAGGUAUCACGACAAUUUACUUUCCUCCUUUAGUGGUGUGAAACAUGCCUCCUUGCUUACUGUUUUUCCUCCUGUUUUGAUGAUGCUUUAGCUGAAUAAAUGAGAAUGCUGCUCGGGUGGGUGCUUGACUUUUCAGGUCAGUUUUAUUUUCACAGUCUUGGGUGCUAGCCCUGAACAGCUGCCUUGGGCAGCACAGCCACUGCAGGGAGAGCUCCGGGGUUUGAAUCACCCCGUUGUUUCCCCCUUGCAAUGAAACGCACUAUUUGAAAGGAGAUUGAGGUUCCUCCGUGCAGUUUCACCAACUCCCGAAGUUAGGAAGCUUUGUGGUACCACAGGGCAUGCCACAAAUACCGCUGCAGCGCUUCUCCUGACUUGAGGUGUUCAAGAGUGCCUCGGAAACCGAAACGCACGCCUGCAUUUCUCGGGUUCUUCCCUAGAUUCAGGAUUAGCUCCCAGACACAUCUGACCAGAGAGGGACCAUCAUUCCAGAGCGGGCCAGGGAAGGGAGCUGCGGGAAGCCAAAGCAUCUUUUCCUGAACACCAGGUGUCAGCAAACCCCCAAAAACGGGAAGCGGGGGUCUCGUCCAGCGAUUUAGGCUAAACCCGGGCUCUGUGCUGUAUUUUGAGCGCGUGGGUUGCAUUUUUAAACCCCAGAGAUUUGGAUGGAGUUGUAUGUGAAACAGGACAACACAAUCGGUUCCUAGUUUGUUCCUUACAUCGAAUGCCAAGGACUUUUGGGCCACCCUUCCCCAGCGUGCUUCCCAUUUUGAUUGUGCUGCUGAUGUCCGUCUUCCAGCUUGUGCUUGUGUCUGAAAGUUUCCUAGGGGAACCGGGAGGCUUUGACCGAUUUUGAGGGGUUAAAUGAAUCUUCUGGCGUGCAGGAAGAUGUGAGGCCGUUGGGGGCUGUGCAUGAUGGCUGAACACCAAACUGAUUCCCAAAUAGGUAAUUAACGUGGGCCAUUUUUAGAGUUGUUACUAUUAGAUUUUGCAUUUAUCAUGGUCCAAAAAUGGAAAUGUAUCAGGACGCUCCGCACACCCCUAUUGUUUCAGGCUGCCUGCAGUUUCUGGGAAGACAAUGUCUGAGCUAGUCAGUACUGGUUUCGUACACAGAAGGGAUUUUGCCCCCUGAGACCGAAUCUUUAGAAAGAAAUACACUGCUGUAAGUAAACACAACUGCUGGAGGGCAGUGAAGGAGCCCGGAUUUUGUGCUAGGGAACAGCCAGAGCCAGGCUGGGCCGUGAUUUUGCAGAUGAUGGCUGCUGUUCUGUAGGGCUGGAAACGCAGCCGGCUGUUUCCCCUCGGCUAAAACCAGCUCCAGGUAGCGCAGAACCUGCUGUGACUUGGAGGCAUCAUGCUGGGCAGGAGACAAAACACAGGAAAAACUGAUUCUAGAGAAAACAGGCACAUUGGUAUUCAUGAAAUACUGUCUGCCUCUCCCUUUCCCCCCCAAAUUGACAUUUUAAGCCACGGGCACAGAGGUAGGAGGGCAGGUCUGGGACAGACCUUACUUCUCCUACUGAAUCCCUCUUUCACACACAACCACGUCCCUUCCUGUGAUGGUUUUUGGCUGGGUUUGCCCAGAAAGAAGGGUGUUGCUCCUGACACUAGGCUCAGUUUUUAGCUGGCUGUUGCCUGUGGUGUUGUCCGUGCUGAGCGUUUGUGAGCUGUGAGCCCAUGGUGCGUCCCCAGCCCCGCUCCUGGGGUGCCGGGAAGGCAGUGGGGCUGGCGAGGGGGGGGCUCACUGAUGCCGAAAGCUGACUUGGUGCCUUCAAACACCUCUGCCUUUAACAGCUCAGGCUGCAGGAGAGCGGAAAGCUGGCCGGGGGGAAUAUGGGACUUGCUUACUUUGCCUGUGAUUAAAUUUAAAAGCAUGAACAGAGCUGCGUGCGCUUUGUUCAAAUAAAGACGGUUUAUUUAAUCUGAA